UGUUCAAUUUUCCGGGAAAGUCCAAGUAGGUUCCUAUAAAAUUCUUCACCUUUAUAAUAUUAAUUUCAGUUAAUAAUUUGUCGAUCAAAAUCAAAUUAAAAUCACAUUUCCCUUUCCAAGUCUUUUUCUUUUUCGAUAAAGGAAAAGAGAAUCUUUUUAAUCUCUUCCAUUCUCCCUUAUCAUUGAAUUAUCAGAAUACUCUCACCUCAAAAAAAAAAAAAUGCAGAAAAUGCUUCAUAGGAGCUUCAAAGCAGCCAAAUGCAAAACAGCUUUGAAAUUAGCUAUACCACGAAUAAAGCUGAUGAAGAACAAAAGGGAAGCUCAAGUUAAGCAAAUAAAGAGAGAAUUAGCUCAAUUAUUGGAAUCAGAUCAAGAUCAGACGGCUAGAAUUCGGGUGGAGCAUGUUGUUAGGGAAGAGAAGACUGUAGAAGCUUAUAAUCUUCUUGAAAUAUAUUGUGAACUUAUCGUUGCACGUAUGCCGAUGAUCGAAUCACAGAAAAACUGUCCUAUCGACUUGAAGGAAGCAAUUUCGAGUGUUGUAUUUGCAUCCGCAAGGUGUGAAGAGAUACCGGAGCUCAAAGAUGCCACCAAACAUUUUACGGCAAAAUACGGGAAAGAAUUUACUUCUGCGGCACUUGAACUGCGUCCUAACUGUGGUGUUGCUCGUAUGUUGACUGAGAAACUAUCGGCCAAUGCACCUGAUGGUCCAACCAAGCUCAACAUUUUGACUGCAAUUGCUAAGGAACAUAAUAUUAACUGGGAUCCUGCAUCAUUUGGAGCAAAAGAAUCAAAGAUUUACGAUGACAAGUUGAAUGGACCAAAUACUUUUACAGAGGCCGUCAAAGUUUCAGCAUAUUCUCCUAAUAUCCAAGUCUCUCCAAGUCAUAAUGAGCAGAGACCUCCUAGUGUUCAAGUUCCAAAUUAUGAUAAGGGGCCUCCUGGUGUUCAAGAUACAAAAUACAUGGAGAAAAAUGACGUGCCUACAAGCUUUUCUGAGUACAGCUCAAGAUCAUCGCCUAAUCCUAAGAAUUUUGGUUAUUCGAUGUCUUCUGGUACUGGAAAUCAAGGGUUUAUGCAUUCAUAUUCGGGGAACGAGAGUGCCUACUCUUCACCAAGGCAGCAUUGGAAUAUGGAAUUCAAGGAUGCUACUACUGCUGCUCAGGCAGCUGCAGAAUCUGCAGAGCUAGCUAGUAUGGCUGCCCGAGCUGCUGCUGAACUUUCAAGCCGUGGAAAUUUCUCCCCACGGUAUUCAAUGUCACCUUCUCAUCGUAUGAGAGAUGAGGAACCAUGGAAAUAUACUGGCUUGGCAUCUCAACAUGAACAUGUUGGCAGGGAUCCAGUUAAUGUUUCCCUUCAUGGAAGGAAUUCUAGGAAUUAUGAACGAGUUGACAGCAAUGAACAAUAUGCCCGAGCAGGAAACGGUGAUAAAUCUACCAACAGUUCCUUCAAGUCAACUGCAUCUUCCUACAAUGAAGAAACAUCACCCAAAAACCAAACUGCAGAUGCAUAUUCUCGAAGGGACUCGUUUGAAGGCAGGCAGAUGGAGCAUUUUGCUGAUACGAAGAGAAACUCGGGUGAAAAUGGAGAUCCUCAUAAUGUUAGGGUCAGGGAACAAUCAAGAUUUUCUUCUUCUCGUUCUCAAUCAAACAGUUUUACUGAUGAUCAUGAUGUUGUCUCUGAUUCAAACUGGCUGAAAUCAGAAAAUUAUAAGAGAAACUCUGGUGCAAGCAGGAUGCCAUUUGUGAAUGAACUGCAUGAUACAAAAAACUCCGAUUUUUCUGAUUAUCAAGAAGUAAGGAUCAGGAAGCAAUCAAGUCAUUCUUCUUCAAGUACUUUUUCUGAUGAUAAUGAUGUCGGACCGAACUUAAACCGUCAUGAUGAUUCUUUUAUUCGCCAUGAUAAAGGAAGUCUUCAAAGGAGCACGAAAAAAACAACAGAUUCUUAUGACAAUGUCUCAGCAGUUUUUGACAAUUAUGGAUCAGAUAAUAAUGAAGAUCAUUUCAAUUUGGAGGAAGAGCAUGAGGUACAUGAAUUCGUAUCUCCUGUUCAAAGAUCACCUACUCGUCCAUUAAGAACAAAGACCUUUCCAGAAUCACAUGUUUUCUCAGAGCAGCGGGCAUCUCCUAUCUUCUUUGAACGUUCAAUGAGCCCUUCAGUUCCUUCAUAUGAAGAUGACUUGCCUGCUACUUUUGAUGAUAAUGGACCUAGUUCGGAAGGUGACGAAGAGAAAGACAAAUCUAAGGUUGUUAGGAGCACCAAUCCUAGUAUAGGUAGUAAUGAUUCUAGUCUGGAAGAAAGUAUGGGAUUGAACUUUGGAAAAUUGACAGGUGGUCUUCGAAAUAAGGGUUAUAGGCGUCCACCAUUUCCACUCGGCAGUGCUAUAUCCUCUGUAGAGGUAGCCGAUGAUGCGUCUACUAGAAUUAACCAGUCGUCCCCUCGUGCAGCUGUGGAGGCUUCAGAGCCAUAUGGUAAGAAAGGGAGUGAUGAAGUGAACAGAAAACUUAGCAUGACAGCAUCAGGCACUCACGACGAUUCUAGCGAUGAUGACAAUGAGGAAGAGCGACCAAUACUGUCUUUUAGUAGCACUCGAGACCAAUACAACAAAAGAUCAAGCUUAAGAGUCUCUGUCCCAUAUUUUGGUUCAAGAAAUAGUGAUUCUGAUGAAGACCUUCCUAAAACAAGUUUAAAGGCUCAUUCAAACACGGGUUUUUCUCGAAGAACGAAGGCCUCUCCUUCGAACUCACAACGAAACUCCAAUCUUCAAUCUACCGUUUCUUCUGAGCCAAAAGUAGUUUCUGACUACUCCUCAAGGAGCUCAAAUGCUAACGAGUCUUUACCAAAGACACAGCCUCAAAAAACGAAUUCGGGUCACUCAGUAAGUUUUCAGAAUCCUGAGUUGGCAUCACAAGCGACUUCAAGGCCAGUUUCAGAGACCAAAAGGUCUUCAUCUGAUAUAACUUUGAAGUCAUCUGCUUCUGUUCCAAAGAUUAUAUCAUCAGCUAGUGCCAAAAGUUUGAAGUCUCAAACUUCCACCGGCGAGGGCCAAUCUAAACAAAAUGCUAGUCAUGUUCAUCCAAAGCUUCCUGAUAUCGAUAUCUUGACUGCACACUUCAAUUCUCUCAGACAGAAUCGCCAAUGAAUAUAGAUGCUACUCAUCGCUCAAUGUAUGGAUUGUUGAUACACUUUCGAUUCUGUGAACCUUUUCGAUCAAUCUCCAUGGUUGAAAAGUUAAGGAAUAAUAUACGAGCCUAUUGAUACAAAGAUUGGUGGAAGGAUGCCGAAAGCCUAACGAGGAUGAUGAGUGUCAGCAUAAUAUUUAAAGGCACCGAAAGGAGAUGGUGAGAACGGACUAUUUAUAUCUGAAUCAUGAAAAGCAUCUUAACCCAUGCAUUUGGACGUGAUUGGAGGAUGUGUUGUCUUGUUAAACAAUCCUCACAUAAUUCUUGAUGAGAUUGGAGCAUGCAAAAUUUUACAGGUUAAGCAUUAUAGAUAUAUGAUUAUACUUUUGUUUAGUAAGCUAGUGGUCUAUUAUAUUCCACAAUAACUAUUUGAUACAAAUUCGAUUUAAC